GUGCCAGUACUAUUCGUAAUGUCGCGCAUCGCUAGGUAAAACUUUGCCCCAAGAAAACGUAAAUUGAAAUUGUUUGCCGUUUGAAUCCUACAGUAAAAUGAGUGAGGGCAUACGUCUUUACCGGAUCUUCCUGUGGAAAAAUUGGAGACAAAUUCGAUACUCGUGGAUAUCAAUGUUUCUAAUAUUUUUCGGAUGCACUGGAAUUCUCCUUAUUUAUUUGUAUUCAACAAACAAGAUGUUGACGACACCCCAAACAACAUACGAUAGACGAGGCUCUUAUCAUCUCAAGGGGGAAUUUCCAACUAAUGAUGUUGACCGGAUUUUCUAUGCUCCAUUCAUACCUCAGACGGAUUUACUUAUGGAAGCUGUACGCCAAGAACUUCAGUAUCCACCCGACGGGAUACAAUUCUUUGACAAUUCAACUGAAAUGAUUAGAGCAAUGGAGCGUGGCUGCAAAGGGAAUUGUUAUGCUAUAAAUUUCCUUCAUUAUCCGAAGAACGUGGCACAAGAAAAACUAAAAUAUUCAAUAAGCUCGACGACUAUAAAAAUAUCUCCUAAGAAGCGUUAUGUUAAUGAUGAAGAGGUUGCCGGAAUUAAAGACGAUGAUGACUAUAUUCGAUCGGGUUUUAUUACAUUGCAACACUUAAUCGAUAAGGCAUUCAUAACAAUUCAUAACCCGGGCACCACCAUUAACUUCGACUUCGAAAUCGCUUCGAUGCCUAUGAUUGCACAAGAGACAAUAGAUUCACAACGUAUUAUUUGGUUUGGUUCAUUGUACUCAAUUCUAUUCAAUGUUUUAUUGCUCAGCACGUUCCUUGUACCCCUCGUGGAAGAAAAACAAAACGGAAUUAAGGAAUUCUUAGCCAUAGCAACACCCAUGAAUUUUUUAAAUGGUUUUGGUUUUUUCGUGAUUAGAUUAUUGCUGUAUGCACUAUUUACAACAGUCGUCCUUAUCGCCGGUGGGAUUUAUCAGGCUUUCAGUGUGACUGUCCCAAUCGGAUACAUAAUUAUGCUUUUUACUCUAUAUAUCCUUUCAGCCAUGUCUUACACGUAUUUAAUAACUGUAUUUUUCCACUCAGUAUUUCAUGCUAAAGUCGGCGGACUCUUACUGCUGGUUAUGCCGUACAUUUUGUAUUUUUCAAAAGGAGGAGUUUCAACUCUAGCAAAUAUUUUUAGCACAAAAACUUUCAUGGAGGGCAUUAAAAAUUUUCAAAUUUUCACUAACAAAUAUCGCGAAGUUAAUCAAAAAGUGCUUCAUAUAUACAUAACGGAAUCAUCAUUCACAGUAAUGACGGUUUAUAGCAUUUUAAUUGGCCAGUGCUUAAUUUAUGCUUUACUAUAUAACUACUUGUCGUAUAUUUUUCCUGGACCAGGAAGUUUGAAAAAAUCAUACCUCUUUCCCAUCAUGUCACUGUGGAAGAGAAAUAAACCUAGCACCGAGUAUACGACUAGUAAAAUCGGAACAAAUGCUAUAAUAAUUCAAGAUCUUAAAAAAGUGUUUAAAAACCCAAGGCGGAUAAUAUCUGACGGUUUGAAUAUGGCGAUUAAGAACAAACAAAUAACUGUCCUUCUUGGGCAUAACGGAGUAGGCAAAACUACGACUCUGAACAUGAUAAUGGGUUCCGAAUUGCAAGAUUCCGGAAAGAUAACGGUUUGUGGUGACAUCGAAGUUAAAUCGUAUCGUCAUUUGAUUGGAUAUUGUCCACAACAUAGCGUUUUUAUGCCGUACAUGACUUGUGCUGAACAUUUAAAUUUUUUUGCUCAGAUGCGAGGCAUGUCGGAGAAAGAAGCUCACAAACUUACCGCUGAAUUAUUAAUAAGGCUUAACUUACAAGACAAGGAAAAUGACUUCGGCAACUGCCUGUCAGGUGGUAUGAAACGCAGAUUGUCGUUGGGAAUUGCGAUUGCUGGUAACACAAAAGUCGUAAUUUUAGAUGAGCCAUCUUCUGGUCUAGACAUUGAGUCACGCCGUGAGCUAUGGGACAUAUUGCUAAAAUUGCGGAAAACAAAAGCUGUGUUAAUUACUACCCACCACAUGGAGGAAGCAGAAGUUUUAGGUGAUACGCUUGCUAUAUUAGCUAAUGGGCGUGUGCAUUGCUCCGGUUCACCAUUAGAAUUAAAACUAAAAAUUGGGCGAGGAUACGUGCUGAAGCUCUGUAUAAAUAAUUACCAAAUGGAACAAGAGAUAUUGCAAAUAGUACAACAGAACGUACCAGCAUCAAAAAUUUUGACUAUAGUACCGCCUGCAAUGCACAUAAGUUUACCGUACGAAAAUAAGAGUGAAUAUAGUCGUGUGCUUCAGAAAUUGGAACGACGACAGGUUGAACUUGGCAUUAAUUCAAUUUCCAUAUCUGAUGCUUCGCUGGAGGAUGUGUUUUUGAACUGCUUGUCCGAAAUCGAUGUUGUGGACGGUAUAAGUAUGGAUAAAGAGGCACCUUCGUAUAAUCCCAUUACAACUCGGGGGCCCUCCGUAGGUUGGAAGGAACAGAUGGAAGCAAUUUUUUAUAAAAAAAUUAUAUUUAUCAAGAACCAAUGGAUCUAUACAUUAGUAAUGGUGUCACUUCCAAUACUAAGUCUUGUGAUUGCACUGGCCCUAAUGCAUUCCAUGUCGCUGGUCACGAAUGAAGACAAGUUAACACUAAAUCUGCGCCAUAUUCAGCAAGGGAUUAUAUUUGUUGAUGGCUCCAAUACCGACAUCGUAAAUAUGUUAAAAACAGAAAUUGAGAAAUAUGACGGCAUCCGGAUAGAACAUCUCACUAACGAAAGAGGCGAUAACAUAACAGACCUGUUGAUAGAUCUGCAAUAUGAAAAUUUGGCAUAUUUUUUGGAAAAUUACAUCGGUGUUAUUCAAAUGACCAAUAAUGAAAAUGGAAACUUGAACUUCAAUAUUUAUUUUUCGGGUAACAUAUACCACAGUUCGGUAAUUUUGAUGAAUUUAGUUGAUGAUACUAUUGCGCAAUGGAAAAUGGGCGAAUCAGGAGGCAUCGAAACAACGUAUACACCAAUUAGAAGAUACCUUACGGAUGUAAGCCCGACGCGUUUAGAAUACUUCGCCGUAAUAAUGCCUAUUGGGCUGUUCUUUAGCAUAUUUUUUUAUGUGGCAUUACCUUUUCAUGAGAAUGCAAGUGGUUUCAAGGAAUUGCAAGCUAUACCGCGAGCACUCUUCUGGGCUUCAAAUUUUGCUUUUGACGCUAUGCUGCACUUUACCGUCUGCCUGCUUCUGUUCCUAUUGCAAGUAGCGCUGAUGCCGACUGAAUUGUAUAAUUUAUCCGAGCAAUUUGUCAUUAAUGCGUCUAUAUUUUUCUAUGGGUGCAGUUAUCUACCAAUUUUAUAUAGUUUGGCAAAUACCUUCCGUUCGAUAUCUACCAUUUCGACGUAUAUGCUCUUCAUGCUUAUUGUAUCAGCCAUCAUACCGCUUAUAACAUCUGGUAAUAUACGUGCUAUGGAAUAUCAUGAAGGUAAAAUAUUUAUACUGCUGCUGCUGCCAGAUUUCAACUUAAAUCACCAAUUACGGAUCAUUAAUGAACGAUUCUUGCUCACCCGCCGGAAUGAACUCACAUCUACAUCUGGGUUGCCCACAGUGCUCAGUGUCAAUACUUUCUUUUUUGAAGCCGUUAUAGUUUCAUUUAUUGUUAUGACGAUCUUUGUGGGCUUACUGGAAAAUAAAUAUAAAUGUGAACAAGUCAAACGACUCUUUAAAUGCUAUCGAUGUCGACAGAUUACUGUGAACAACACCGCAAGCAUCGACGUUAAAGAAGAACUAAUAACAAUUGAGAAAACGACGAUUGCUGAGAUUUUGAAUGAAAACACAGAAAACAAUUACCCUUUAAUCGUUCAUGAUUUAUACAAAUUCUAUGAUGAUAAAGUUGCAGUAUGUGGCCUGAAUUUCGUGGUAAAAAAACAGGAGUGCUUCGCUUUACUGGGCGUCAACGGGGCGGGUAAAACUUCAACCUUUCAGAUGAUCACUGCAAAUAUGACCAUUACGGGAGGCACCAUAAAAAUUUAUGGCGUCGAUAUUAUAGGGAAUGAGUCAAAAUAUCGUCAUCACUUUGGUUAUUGCCCACAAACCGAUUGUUUAAACGAAUUUAUGACAGCAUAUCAAAUUUUAUACUACAUGGCGAAGUUACGUGGCAUAUCUGAUUCGUCAAGAGCAAAUGAUGAAGUCUUGUAUUGGCUGCAGCAGUUAGAUCUUAGAAAGUACAAAGACGUGGAUGUGCGCCAUUAUUCCGGCGGAACUAAGCGCAAAUUAAACGCUGCAAUGGCAAUGAUUGGAAGUCCUUCACUAGUAUUGUUGGAUGAACCAACCACAGGAGUGGACCCAGAAUCCCGCCGAUUUCUGUGGAAAUGUAUAAAGGACUAUCAAAACCGUGAAAAAACUGUUGUACUUACCUCUCACAGCAUGGACGAAUGUGAGCAGCUAUGCAAUAGAUUGGCGAUAAUGACAGGUGGAAAAUUUAAAUGCUCAGGAUAUGUACCUGACUUAAAGAAACGGUUUGGGACUGGCUUUACAAUUAAAUUGAAAUUAAAGUCUGAAGAAGAUUAUGUGGUAAAUGACGUUACAGAAGCAUUGUGUAAAAUAUUCGAUGAUUGCCAGUUGAGAGAGAACCACGCUGGUAUGGUUACAUAUUUUAUAAAGACUAUUGAUGACCUUAAAUGGUCUGAAGUUUUCACAAGCAUGGAAGCCUUCAGUAGGGAGUGGACGCAUUUUGUUGAAAACUAUUCAGUAAACGAGACAACACUGGAGGAUAUAUUUUUAAAAUUCGAAAACAGCCAAAGAAGGGCAAGUGCUCAGCAAUUACGUCAUUCAAAUGAGAUUGAACCCUAAAUAGUUUAAAUUACUGGGUGUGACUUCUUUAUCUCACUCUAUUUCUCUCGGGUUUAAUGCCCUUCAUAAUUAUCACCGUAUUAUCAUUUUUAAGAGCAAAUAUUCUUUUCGAAAGCAAGUGAUAUGAUGAAAUGUUAUACAUACAUAUACAUAUCGUCGAUGUUUUUGCAAAACCGCCCAUCGACCAGUUGCAAAACCGCCUAA